AUGGAGAAAGAAUCCGAUACAGAUACAAAUCAUGACCAGGAGCCCAAGGCAGAAACCGAUGCAUUUAGUAGUUAUCUAAGGAUCUUUCAAUAUGGCUCAUCCCAAGACUAUACCCUGCAGGCCAUUGCCACUGCCUGCGCACUAGGGUCUGGUGUUGGCAUGGCUCUUGUCAAUCUGGUUUUUGGCCAGUUCAUCACACUUACCACUGACUACUCGACGAGCGCCGCAGGUGCUUCUCAUUUCCGAAGUGAAUCCGCAAGACUCAGUCUCUACUUCUUCAUUAUUGGCCUUUGCCGAUUCGUUCUCACCUAUGUAUACAGCACGUUGUAUACAUUUGCCGCAUAUCGGAUUAUACGAAAUAUUCGCCGCCGUUACCUAACAGCAGGACUGAGCCAGGAAAUUGCCUUCUUUGAUGCCGGCACUAGUGGAUCGAUUGCGAUGCAAGCUACCUCCAACGGACGACUGAUCCAGGGUGGAAUAUCAGAAAAGCUGGGACUUGUCAUUCAGGGCCUGGCCGCUUUCAUAUCGGCCUUCGUGCUAGCAUUUGUCACUCAAUGGAAGCUGACACUCAUUUGCUGCUGUAUUGCCCCAGCGAUGCUUCUGGCCAUGGGCAUAUGCUCCACCAUUGAAGCUUCGAUUGAGUCAAAGAUUCUCAAAGUUCAAGCCCAGGCCGGGGCUUUCGCAGAGAGUAUUUUGUCAAGUUCUCGGACGGUACAGGCUUUCGGGCUUCGAAACCAACUGCUACGCGAAUUUGACAAGUUCUUGCAAGCCUCAAGAAAGCUGGGAAAUAAGAAAUCUCCUCUUUUUGGCUGCCUAUUCGCCACGGAGUACACCAUCAUCUUUGCAGGGUUUGGCUUGUGCUUUUGGCAGGGUGUAAAGAUGGUAUCCACUGGGGAGGUGAAGGAAUCUGGAGAUGUUUUCACUGUGCUUAUGUCUGUGGUUGUGGCAGCCACAAGCUUGACCACUAUCAUGCCUUAUUUAAUUGAUUUUGUCCGCGCUGCCUCCGCAGCGUCAGAGCUAUUCAAGCUCAUCGAUCGAAAGUCGAGAAUCAAUCCGUUCGACGAGUCUGGAGAAAAACCGACGGACCUGAUGGGCUAUCUCGAUUUUGAUAACAUCUCGUUCGCUUAUCCUACGCGCCCUGAUGCCAAGGUGUUGGAUAAUUUCUCACUGCAUAUUCCUGCUGGGAAGACAACUGCGCUCGUGGGAGCAAGCGGGUCUGGUAAGAGUACUAUCGUUGGACUUAUUGAGCGAUGGUACAACCCUUUGUCAGGAACAAUCAAGAUUGAUGGCCAGCCUGUUGAGCUAUUCAACCUCAAAUGGCUGCGUCGGCAUGUUAGACUUGUUCAACAGGAGCCCAUUUUGUUUGCCGGCACAGUUGCUGAAAACAUCGCCAAUGGCCUUGUGGGUACACCGUGGGAAAAUGAGCCUCCAAUCGAGAAGCUUGCCCGGAUACAGGACGCUGCUAAAAUUGCUUUUGCCCACGAUUUCAUUACCGAGCUUCCCAACGGGUAUGAUACCGUCAUUGGGGAGAGAGGUGGGCUAUUAUCCGGUGGUCAAAAACAACGUGUUGCAAUUGCUCGCAGCAUUGUUUCCCAGCCACGAAUUCUUCUUCUAGAUGAGGCAACGAGUGCGCUUGAUCCUCAUGCCGAGGAAGUUGUUCAACAGGCACUGAACAACGUUUCGAAGGGACGAACAACAAUCACCAUUGCACACAAACUAGCCACCAUAAGAGAUGCUGAUAAUAUUGUCGUCAUGGAAAAUGGCCGUAUUCUCGAGCAAGGUACGCAUAGCUCCCUUUUGGAACUGAACAGCGCCUAUGCACGACUCGUGCGGGCUCAAGAUCUGUCUGUAGCCACGCAAGACCCCGAGGAGGUGUCGAUUGGUUCGGAUGAAACACACAAAGGAGAUCACGUUGCACUGACUAGUGAGCUGACUCGGUACUCGACUAUGACGAGAUCAACUCUCGAGAAGCAGUUGAGUCGGGAUGAUUUUGAUAAUUGGAAAAGAUUGGGGCUUCUCCACACAGUCUGGCGAUUGGUAACAUCGACUCCGGAGCUCAAAUGGUCUUUCACAAUUAUGGUUCUGGCUUCUAUAAUAGGAGCUGCUUCAUUUCCUGGCCAAGCUAUUUUGAUGUCCAAAUUGAUCGAUAUAUUUAAAUUUACCGGUGCAACUCUGCGGACUAAAGGGAACUUUUUUGCGCUCAUGUUUUUAGUCCUCGGGCUUGGAUCUUUCGUCGUCUACUUUGUUCUCGGAUGGGCAUCAAACAUUGUGGCACAGAUAAUAAACCACAAAUACCGGAAACAAGUCGUCAAUGACAUGAUGAAACAAGACUUACAAUUCUUUGAUCGCACCGAGAAUACUACAGGAGCACUGACCAGCCGUGCCGACUCUUAUCCACAGGCUGUGUUUGAGCUUAUGGGCUUCAACGUUGCUCUGAUACUGGUUGCAACGGUUGGUGUAGUGGCAUGUGCCAUCAUGUCACUGGUAUAUGCAUGGAGGCUUGGCCUUGUUAUUGUCUUCGCAGGACUUCCACCCAUGCUCCUUUCCGGUUACGCUCGCAUCAGAAUGGAGGGUGCAAUGGAUCACAAGAUUUCAAAAUUAUUUUCCAAGAGUGCAUCCAUUGCCUCAGAGGCCGUGAAUGCUAUCCGGACGGUGUCUUCUUUGGCGAUUGAGAUGUCUGUUUUGGACCGAUACACCGAGGAGCUUGACCAGGCGAUUGCCACAUCCACGAAGCCACUGCUUCUUAUCAUGCUUCCUUUUGCGUUCACUCAGACCGUGGAAUAUUCGUUCCUAGCACUGGGUUUCUGGUAUGGAUGCCGGCUUGUCUCAUUUGGAGAUUUGAGCGAGGUCAACUUUUACAUGAGUUUUCUCAGUGUGUUCUUUUCUGGCCAACAAGCUACAAUUCUUUUUGGCUUUUCAAGCAGCAUGACAAAGGCAACAAAUGCUGCAAAUUACAUAUUUUGGCUUGAAGAGCUUCAGCCUAUCAUUCGAGAGACCGACGAAAACCGCGAGAUGGGCCCUGGCGACUUCAAGUCUCUACACUUGGAAAAUCUGCAAUUCUCUUAUCCAAUGAGACCCCACGCUCGCGUACUACGUGGUGUUGACCUUCAAAUCAAAAAAGGUCAAUUUGUCGCGUUCGUCGGCGCAUCUGGCUGUGGAAAAAGUACCAUGAUCAGCAUGCUUGAACGAUUUUACGACCCAGUCGCCGGUUACAUCAAAAUCGAUGCCCUUACAUUAGACCGCUUGAAUCCGUGGCUGUACCGAGGUCAAGUGGCACUUGUUCAGCAAGAGCCCACUCUCUAUCCCGGAACCAUUCGCGAAAACGUAUCCAUGGGGACGCCGACUGAUGACGCGGAAACGGUUCCUGACAGCGAAAUUGAGGCUGCCUGUCGAGCUGCUAACGCGUGGGAAUUUAUCUCAUCGCUGCCAGAUGGCCUUAUGACUCUAUGUGGGGCCAAUGGGACACAGCUCUCUGGUGGGCAACGUCAACGCAUCGCUAUUGCCAGAGCGUUACUCCGAAAUCCACGUUUGCUCCUAUUAGAUGAAGCAACAAGCGCAUUGGACACUCAGUCGGAGAGAAUUGUCCAAGAUGCGCUGAAUGAGGCGGCUUCCCAGGGGGAUAGAAUCACGAUCGCGGUUGCCCAUCGCUUGUCGACUAUUCGUCAUGCGGAUAUGAUUUGCGUGUUUGACGGGGGUAAGAUCGCUGAGUCUGGAACCCAUGAGGAAUUGCUAGCGAAAGGCCGAAUUUAUCCGAAGAUGUGCGAGGCUCAGAACCUAGGCACUUGA